AUCAGUAGCAGCUGCUGGAGGUUUCCCUCCUUUAAAGCUGCCUGGUGCUCAGGCAACACUCUAUUGGAAAACUGCAGAGAUGGCAGCUGUUUGGAUGCUCGUCUGUGUGCUGACUGUUUGUCUGGCCAGAGAUCUGUCUGCCAAUGAGAUCUCCUUAAAGAAAGCCUUUGCACCUUUCCAGUCGAUGGAGUCCAUGUUGGACCAAGAUGCUCGAGAAGUACAACUGGAAACCAAUGACGUGGAAGCUGAUGCGUCUGGUCACCAGAAUCCUGAACAAAAGCCCCAGAGCGUCAACGAGACAACAAAUGUCCAGAACCAGGUCGUAACGAGGGACAACGGCACGGAGGGGGGAGUCCAGAACCGGGUCGUCAUUAGGGGAAAUUCCACUGCGGGUCAUGACCUAAAAUGGGUCAUCAUAGGAGGCGACUCCACAACUGAGGACGUCCAGAACCGGGUCGUCAUUAGGGGAAACGCCACGGCGGGGGGCGUCCAGAACUUGGUCAUCAUUAAGGACAAAUCCAAGACGGGGGGCGUCCAGAACCUGAUCGUCAUUAGCGAACCCGCCACAGCAGAGGCUGUCCAGAACCGGAUCGUCGUUAGGGGAGUGGCCAAGGAGGGGGACGUCCAAAAAUGGGUCGUCAUUGGGGUAGACUCCACGACUGGGGACGUCCAGAACCGGUUUGUCAUUUGGGGCGAAGCAACGACGGGGGGUGUCCAGCAGAACCUGGUUCCCAUGGACAACGGCACGACGGGGGGCGUCCAGCAGAACAACGGCACGACGGGGGGCGUCCAGCAGAACAACGGCACGACGGGGGGCGUCCAGCAGAACAACGGCACGACGGGGGGCGUCCAGCAGAACAACGGCACGACGGGGGGCGUCCAGCAGAACAACGGCACGACGGGGGGCGUCCAGCAGAACAACGGCACGACGGGGGGCGUCCAGCAGAACCUGGUUCCCAGAGACAACGGCACGAAGGGGGGAUUUCAGCAGAACAACGGCACGAAGGGGGGCGUCCAGCAGAACAACGGCGCGACGGGGGGCGUCCAGCAGAACCUGGUUCCCAGAGACAACGGCACGACGGCACGACGGGGGGCGUCCAGCAGAACAACGGCACGACGGGGGGCGUCCAGCAGAACAACGGCACGACGGGGGGCGUCCAGCAGAACAACGGCACGACGGGGGGGCGUCCAGCAGAACCUGGUUCCCAGAGACAACGGCACGACGGGGGGCGUCCAGCAGAACAACGGCACGACGGGGGGCGUCCAGCAGAACAACGGCACGACGGGGGGCGUCCAGCAGAACAACGGCACGAAGGGGGGCUUUCAGCAGAACAACGGCACGAAGGGGGGCUUUCAGCAGAACAACGGCACGACGGGGGGCGUCCAGCAGAACAACGGCACGACGGGGGGCGUCCAGCAGAACAACGGCACGACGGGGGGCGUCCAGCAGAACAACGGCACGACGGGGGGCGUCCAGCAUGAGCACAAAGUACUCCUGGAUACCCAUGAAGUAGACGACCAGAUGUUGAACGGGACGAGGAAAAGUUGAACGGGACGAUGAGCGACGAGGAAAAGUUCAAUGGGACGAUGAAAAGUAAAAGUUCAACGGGACGAUGAGCGAGGAGAUAUUCAAUACUGCAUAGAUUCAUCUCGUAUAUUUCGACUGCCUUGGAGAGCUUGAUAUCGGAGACGUUAUCUUAGCAAUAUAAUAAAACGUCUAUACAUUUCUUAAAUAA